GAGGAACCUGUGCCUUCUAUUUUUUUCGGAGGUGGAAGGGUGGAAUGUUCGGGAAUUACAUUACACCACCAGAGCGAACAAGGACGAGGGCAGAAUUAGUUUUAAGUAGUCUCAGGCUAUCAGCGUUUGUGAAUGUCAAGCAUCAACAUUUGGUGUAGAGCCAUCCGGUUCCGAUUACCAGGCCUCGAUGGAACUACUUCCAGUUCUAGUAUCAUCUGUGUCCGUACUGGGUUUGCUACCUUCUCCUCCAACCAUUAUCACUCGAUUCACUCCACAACUCUAAAAAAGAUCCUUCCUUUUCCGGUAGUGCGUGGUGGGUUUUUUAGCAUGUCAUCUUCUUCAGAUGCCCGUUUCAACUUGUCCGACACCGCUGCACUCCAAAUCAAGAAAGGGGACAUCACCCAGUGGUUCAUAGACGGCACCUCCGAUGCUAUUUUAUCUAUGCUUAGGACAGGAAUUGGUACAAGGAUGAAGGAAGGAAGGAAGGAAGGAAGGAAGGAAGGAAGAAAGGGUGUUAAUCCAGCAAAUGAGCGCAUGCUUGGAGGUGUUGGUACAGAUGGGGCCAUUCAUAGGGCAGCUGGUCCAGAACUCCUGGAAGCAUGCUACAAAGUGCCAGAAGUUCGAGCUGGAAUUCGUUGCCCUGCAGGAGAAGCAAGGAUUGCCCCUGGUUUUAAACUGCCCACCUCACAUGUUAUUCACACUGUUGGUCCUGUCUACAAUGGGGACAGUGACCCUGCAGCCUCUCUGAAAAGCGCAUACAAAUAUCCUUUUGAGGAAGCUGCCACAGUUGCCAUAUCUACAGUCAAAGAAUUUGUGGAUGACUUGAAAGAGGUUUUAACAACCCACUGUUGCGCUAUCAAAUUGGGCACCUUUGUUGACGUUUACACCGCAAACAAUAUAUUAAAUGGCUACACGGGAUGCAAAGAAUUGGGCAUUGCUCACAAGCUGUUCGAUGAAAUUCCCCACAAAGACACUGUAUCUUGGAACACAUUGAUUGCUGGGUAUGUGAAUUCUGGGAACUUAGUUACUGCAUGGGAGAUUCUAAAAGUUAUGAAAAGAUGUGAGUUUGGUGUUGAUGGGUAUACCUUUGGAAGCAUACUCAAGGGUGUGGCUUAUGCAUGUAGAGUUGAUCUUGGGGAGCAGGUGCAUUCGGUUGUUGUUAAGACUGGUUAUGGGGAAAAUGUGUAUGCAGGGAGUGCUCUUUUGGAUAUGUACGCCAAGUGUCAAAGAGUUGAGGAUGCAUAUAUGGUGUUUGAAUGCAUACCAAAACCUAACUCUGUCUCAUGGAAUGCAUUGAUUGCUGGAUUUUCACAAGCAGGAGAUCAUGGCACUGCUUUUUGGCUUUUAGAUUGUAUGGAGAAAGAGGGAGUGAGGCUAGAUGAUGGAACGUUUGCUCCGCUUCUCACACUACUUGAUGAUUCUGUCUUUCACAAGUCAACAAUGCAAGUUCAUGCCAAAAUUCUCAAAUGCAGUUUGGAAUUUGAAAAUACUGUUUGCAAUGCAUUAAUAACUUCAUAUUCAGAAUGCGGUUCAAUAGGAGAUGCCAAAAAAGUGUUCGAUAAUGCUGUUGGCGUGCGAGAUUUGGUCACUUGGAAUUCCAUGGUAGCUGCUUAUCUGGCUCAUGAGAAAGAAAAACUUGCUUUUACACUUUAUCUUGAUAUGCAAAAGAUGGGCUUUGAACCAGACAUCUAUACCUACACCAGCAUCAUAAGUGCUUGUUUUGAAAAAACACAUAAAGACCAUGGAAAACUGUUGCAUGCAGUGGUGAUAAAGAGGGGGUUGGAACAGUCGUCCAUGGAGUCAAAGGAUCGGGUAUCUUGGAAUUCCAUCUUGACUGGUUUCUCUCAAAUUGGGUUGAGUGAAGAUGCAUUGAAAUUCUUUGGAUAUAUGAGAUCUUCAUCAGUGGAAAUUGACCACUAUGCCUUUUCAGCUGUUCUUAGAUCUUGCUCUGAUUUGGCAACCCUUCAAUUGGGUCAACAGGUUCAUGUUUUCGCAAUUAAAUCAGGCUUUGAGGAAAAUGACUUUGUAGCUGGUGCUUUGAUCUUUAUGUACUCGAAGUGUGGGAUAAUUGAAGAUGCUCGAAAGUCCUUUGAAGUGACCCCAAAAGAUAGCUCAAUUACUUGGAACUCGAUUAUCUUUGGGUAUGCACAACAUGGGCAGGGCAAUGUUGCGCUCGACUUAUUCUUUCUAAUGAGGGAAAGCAAGGUGAAGCUGGAUCACAUUACCUUUGUUGCGGUUCUAACUGCAUGUAGCCAUGUUGGCCUUGUAGAAGAAGGCCAAAAAAUACUAAAAUCUAUGGAACUUGAUCAUGGGAUUCCACCUCGUAUGGAACAUUAUGCUUGUGUGGUUGAUUUAUUUGGAAGAGCUAGGCGUUUAUAUGAUGCAAAAGCCUUGAUUGAAUCGAUGCCAUUUAAACCUGAUGCAAUGGUGUGGAAGACUUUAUUAGGUGCUUGUAGGGCUUGUGGCAACAUUGAAUUAGCUACACAGGUAGCUAGCCACCUAUUAGAGUUAGAGCCUGAGGAGCAUUGCACCUAUGUUCUACUUUCUAACAUGUAUGGCCAUCUUAGGAGAUGGGAUGAGAAAGCUAGUGUAACAAGGUUGAUGAGGGAGAGGGGGGUGAAAAAGGUUCCUGGUUGGAGUUGGAUAGAGAUUAAGAAUGAAGUGCAUGCUUUCAAUGCUGAAGAUCGAUCCCAUACCCAUUGCAAAGAGAUAUAUCAGAUACUGGGGGAACUGAUGGAGGAAAUAGGGUGGUUAGAUUCUGACUCACAUGCAAAUCUUUUGACAUUUGAUUUUGAUAGUACAUAUGAAUAUAGUGAUCUAAAACUCCUAAGUGCAGGUAGUUUUCUAUGGUUCCCAAACAAUGAAGAGAAUGUCUAUGUUCUUCUGAGUAUUCAUCCUUGAUUCGAAUGAUGUACACUAUAGGUCAGAUAACUGAUUUUUCCCUUUGUGAGAAAUGUUUUGUAAGCUAUAGACUACAGCUGCAAUGAACCAAACAAUCCAUGUGAUGCAAAUGUGGGACUUUCCUACUUAAAAUUUGUUAUUCUUCUCCAUGGGGCCAAACCUGAUGCAGUCAUAAUGUAUUCAGAGGUUAACUCUGAUAACUAUUUUUCAUUUGAGAAGUGCAAAUGCAAGGGGCAAAUGGAAAUGUGGACGAAUUUCUACUCAGAGGAAGUGCCAUAAUUGCAAGAGUCUCUUGUCCAAUUUUCAGGUGAUUGUUCUUUGGAAAUCAAUCAGAAUCUUAAAU